CCGCGGCCGGGCCCGGUUGCGCGUUGGCUGCCGGCGGCGGCGCCGCCAGUGAGGCUGCGCUGAGGCUGCGGGGCCGGAUGGCCGAGCCGCCCGCCCCGCUCACUCGGGCGGCGGCCGACGGCGGGCGAGGAGCCGGGGCGAGCCCUCCCCAGCGGGAGAGCCAAGCCCUGCGGCACGCAGCGCCAUGGUCUCAUGGAUCAUCUCCAGGCUCGUGGUGCUUAUAUUUGGCACUCUUUACCCCGCAUAUUAUUCCUACAAAGCCGUGAAAUCAAAGGACAUCAAAGAAUACGUCAAAUGGAUGAUGUACUGGAUCAUAUUUGCGCUCUUCACGACAGCAGAGACAUUCACGGACAUCUUUCUAUGCUGGUUUCCAUUCUACUAUGAACUCAAAAUAGCUUUUGUAGCUUGGCUGCUGUCUCCAUACACAAAAGGCUCCAGCCUCCUGUACAGGAAAUUUGUUCAUCCAACACUGUCUUCAAAAGAAAAGGAGAUCGAUGACUGCCUUGUCCAGGCCAAAGACCGGAGCUACGAUGCCCUCGUCCACUUUGGGAAGCGGGGGCUGAACGUCGCAGCCACGGCAGCCGUCAUGGCAGCGUCGAAGGUCUCUCAGCUACUUCAUUUACACUUGUAUUGGGACCAGAAACAAGGGCAGGGACAGGGGGCCCUGUCUGAGAGACUAAGGAGCUUUAGCAUGCAGGAUCUCUCGACGAUCCGUGGAGACAGCAGCAGCACUGUUCCUCCAUCGGUCACUGUACGAACAAGUAGCAAACAGAGCCACCCAAAACCAUCCCGAAGUGCAUCGGAAGGCACUGGCAGCUCAGUGUGCACGUGUUGCUCGGUGUGCCGGCUCCUCAGAGACUGUAAAUGGCCCUGUGAAAUAGGCAUGGACAAUACGUUUGAAAAGCCACCUGAAGUAAACUGUGAAACCCAAGGCUCUGUGUUCUCCGAUGAUGAGGAGAACGAUUCAUUGGAUUGUGCAUCCAUGAACAAAAAGCCCAAAAAGAAGGAUCAACCCCUUGAGGCACCGCCUAGGACCCUUAGACCUCGCUUCAGGAAGAAAAGUACCUCGUCCUCUGUCACUGAAACAAUGUGAGUGCAAUGAGCCAAUAGCACCAGGAUCCACAGAAUGUCUCUCUUCUGCCUUAAAGAGCUACUUGUUAACGUAGGAAACAGCAGUGGGAUGGAUGUGCUUUGUGCAGCGAUGUAGACACGGCCUUUCCCUCUCCUCUCUCUGUAUCCUCUGUUACAGCUUCUCGCGUUAGUCCGUGGUGUUGGACAGUGUGACAGACACCUGCAGGUUCAGAGUCCUUGUUCUGUUUGCAGGGUGUACCCCCACUCACGCCAACCCUGUACAUUUACAGUUCUCAUCUGUGUCUGCAUAGCUCUAGCUCUGUGAAUGCACAGCGGAGACGGAAACAAUCCCCCAGUUACUCAUGGUGACACAUUGACAGUGUGUUUAUUUAUGGCUUUACCAUUAUGAGGCGGAUUUGCAGAACCCGUGGAUUUCUCUUUCCUCAAGACUGUGGAUGAGGUAACAAGUAUCCAAGUACUUUGUAUGAAAUGUCCGAGGUUCGUUAGUGAAAGCUGAGCUUCUCUGUCUGCAAGUUAACCUGGGAACACCAUAUGGAGAACAAACCACUUACAGAGGACGAGGAAGAGAUGUGUGAGAGAAAAGAAGUGGUUCCAACGAGGUCAUGAAGUCUUUAAUUUUCAUCAGCCUGAGCCAGGAGAGUAUAGUGUGGAACAUGAUGGCAGCUGGAAGAACAUACUGCUUGUGGCAAAGGCUCUACUGCCAGUUGUAAAGUGUGAGCAAGCCAGGCUUGUAUUAAGUGCAGCAACAGAGUUAGGAUUGCUUUAGUGACACAGAGAGGAAAACACACCUUCCUCCCCUGCCUGCAGCAGGAUCAGCCCCAGCACCCUGCCUUCUGGGUCAGGUGCCACUGGUUUCCUUGCAGGGUGCUGGGGCUGAGUUGCUGUUUGAAGCCUGGAGUGUUGCUUGCAGCAUGGAGUUGGUUAGAACCACAAGAUCCAGACGCAGUGGUGUGUUUGUAUCCAUAUAUAAAUGAGAAAUAUAAAAGAGGAAGAUGUGGUAGGGUUUGUGUAUUUGUGCUUCAAGUUGGUGUCUCUUGUAAGUGUUGAGCAUGUGACAGUCACUCAUACGUUAAUUCCGUGGCACUUUGUGUUUGCUCUUGGACCUGUCACGUAGACUAGAACAUUUAGCAUCACAUAGAACGUGCCAUUGCCAGGCGAUCAGUGCAGGGUCUUGAUGGGGAACAGCAUGGAUAACCCAGGUCAGGUGCAGCAGGAUGCAAACAGUGGAGUGGAUCAGAGAAACCCGCAGUGAGUGCCCUUGGAAACCUGUUCUCUGCUGGUUAUGCAUUGAUAUCCCAGCCCUCCCUGGCUAAUGGAUCCCUGAGGCUUCCCCCAGAGCUUCUUACUAUGUACGUGGGGAAGACAGAAACUGUGUACAGACACACAAAUGUGUAUCUGGCUUAGCUGGGAAGCAGAAACAGUGAGUAGGUAUUUCCUGUGCCUGCCACAGUAUUUGGCCUCAUUACCUGAGCAUUUUAUUUCCUUUACAUGUGCUAAUUUAAUUGUAUUUUGCAAUGGGUAGGAAGGAAAAAGACUUGAGAAAGUAAAUUAAAACCAACCUGUCUAAAUAGCAGUUACAGAAGAGCCAGUCCUUGGAAGACACAGCAAAAGCUUGGAGAAGCUAAGCUUGUGCAUUUUGUUCUUAAGCAGCUUUAGAGUUCAUUUGAUUCCUUUUGGCAGACAUUAGUAAGAAAGAAGAAACCCUGCCUGCAGUGUUAGCAGAAGAUAGAAUCCUGCAAGCGAGCUGUGUUUCCCUGCUACGCAAUGGGCUGCCAUAAGAUAAAGCAGCAGCUGACAAGUUUGCACUCGAUGCCAAACCCCCCCAGUAACAUAGAGCUAUGUAACUUCUGAUGAAUUCUACUCUCAGACAUGCUGUAGGAGCAUUGAUUCUCACUACAAUUAUUAGAUGUGCGUCUAAUCUGCUGUUUUACUGUAACCUUUGACUGUUUAGCAUUUCUUAAGUGCUGAGGUAAAGUUGUUGACAAGGGAGUUGCCUUAUAUCUCUCAAAACAUUCACUGUAUAAAUGAGAAAAAUAAACCUUUUCAUAUCUCUGGCAAAAAUGUAUUAUCAACUGAGCUGUAUAUUUGUGUAUAGAUAGGUAAGAAAUGUGGAUGCUCACCCA